AUGGGACAAUUGGGCAAGGAAUUGUACAAAGAGCUGGACUCUUGUGAGUUUUUUUUACGUUUUUAAAAUUUCAAAAUAUUUAAAAAAAUUUAAAUUUAAAUUUAGUUGAAAAACAUGCCCUAGCCGCCUGUCUGAACAAGAUAGAAGAACGAAAAGACCUGGAACAGAGUGCCAAAUGCCUAAUUAUCAGUCGAAAAAGACAUUUAAGUAACAAAAAAGAAGAACAAGAUAAAGACGACUCGGAUACUGAUAAGAGUGCUGGCUGGGUUGGCAAUUUCAAAUUUGAAAAUGACAAUGCAGUUACUGUAAAGCCAAGAUUUAGAGACCUUAUGAGCAUUGGCAGAAGAAAGAAGGUAAUAUCCUACCCUACCCUACCCUACCCUACCCUACCCUACCCUACCAUACCCUACCCUACCAUACCCUACCCUACCAAACCCUACCUUUACCCCCUAUUCUACGCAGCAACAAAAUUUACAUUCCGUCCACAUAGUAUCGAUUUUUUUAAUAUGCACAUCUUUACUUCUAUACUUACACAAAUUUGCAUUAUGUUCACAUAGUAUUGAUUUUUUCAGUUAAAUGUCACAAAAAUCCCAAGAAUAGCCCUACUCCGCCGAAACUACAUUCACAAAGUUCGUCAUCAAAGCAGAUUAGAAAAGCUGAAGAAGCGAGAGAAAAGAGACGCCAGAUGGACAAAGUUUGGAGAUUCGGACAACAAUUUGAAUGACAAUAUUAAAGUAAUGACACAUUUUCUGUAAUGAACUUAUUAUAGACUUUUAGGUUAGGAAAGUAGCAAGUGCUGGUGGGUUGAGAAGUGCUAGCGACAAAAGCCCGGUCACUAGGGUAAGUUACCUUUAAAGCCUUUUUUGGAAAGAAAGUUCUUGCAUUUUUAAAAAAUUUUGUAUUUUUCGGAAAGAUCUAUUAUCACUGGUCCUAAUGGUACCAAAACCACCGUUUUACCACCAGAUAUCCAAAAGAUAUAAGCAAAAGAACAUUAAAAGCUUAAGAUAUUGUUAUAGGUAGCCGACCUGAUUUCAAUGCUAGCAAUGGGCAACACAAGUACCGAUGAUAUGGCCAAGAACAAAGCUGUAGAAUGGAAAGAGAACUAUGAUAGACUAUUGAACUUGAAGAAAGUAUUCGAACAGAAAGAGCAAGAGCCCGGUGCAAAAGUUUAUUCCAUGCGGAUGUACGACCUUGUACUUGACCGGAAAACGCCUAGUAUGACUCCGAAACAAAGUGUGAGUAGUUUUGUAAUGUUAAAUAUUGUCUGAUAUUGUUUACAACAGGGGAAAAACAAAUUUUUAAAUAUUUGGCAAAAUGUCACAAAAUUUAUUGGAAAAAGUGACGAUGUGUCACAACGUUAUUGUUGUUUUAAAGAUGAUUUUUAUCAUUUUUAUAUUACUUUCAACAAAAAAUUAAUAUUUUUUGGCGUUUUAAAUUUGCCACAAAAUUUAUUAAAAAAGAGGAGGAAAUGCCACAAAAGUUAUUGGAAAAGCUGGCGAAGUGUUACAGAAUUAUUGAUUUUUUAAGUUUGAUUUUCAAAUUUUUUACAGUUUUUAUAUUUAAAAUUCAAGAAAUGUUUAGGAUAAAAAUUCAAUAAGUUUUUAAAAAUUUGACGAAAUGUCACAAAUUUUAUUGGAAAAGCUGACGAAGUGUCACAAAAUUAUUGAUCUUCUAAAUUUGAUUUUAAAUAUUUUUUACAGUUUAUAUUUAAAAUUGAAAAAAUGUUCCUAAUAAGCUGUUUUUAAAAUUUGACGAAACGUCACAGAUUUUAUUGGAAAAGCUGACGAAGUGUCACAAUUGAUUUUUUAAAAGAUGGUUUUUAGAGAUUAUAAAUCAUUUUUUGACUAUGAAUUUAAAAUUUUUUUGUUUUUUUUUGCAAAAGAAACAAAAUUUAUUGGAAAAAUAGACGAAAUGUCACAUUUUUUUCCUUUUUGUAAAAUACGACCUCUUAACAUAUCUCCAUUUUUAGAAAACCCCUCAAGGCCUGGUUCAAAUGGGUAUGACAUUGUUCAAUCAAAUUGGUGGUGAAAAAAACCGCGAAAUGCGUGAAGGUACCAAUGCCAAUGUGCUUAGUCCUCGCUUUGCACCAGUCAUGCCGGAUAAGACAAAGUCAUUGAAUAUGACAUCAAGUCCGAGUAUUCUGUCAUUUUAUGAAGACAAUGACAACAAGAACAAUAUUGCUUCGAUCCCAAAUUUGUUGAAGAGUGUUGGAGUUGAAGCCAAGGAUAGGGAUGUCAUGUUGGGAGCGCUGAUGAAGGCUUCUGGAGCUAAUGAUGUUGUCAAUGAUGCUAUGAACUUUUUGGAUGGCAUCAACUUUUUUGGUAAGGGGAAGGGCAGGAUAGGCUAUAAAAAGUAAAGUGAAGGGCGGGUUAGGCCAAAAAAAGUCAGGAGAUGGGCAGGACGAGCCAUAGGUACGGUAGGGUAAAGAAAGGUUUGUUAGAGGCAGAGUAAAGAUGUAGGUUAGAGAAUCAAUACUAUGUAGAUGAAAUAUAAAUUUGUUUCGGGUAGUAUAGGAUAGGGUAUGGUAAAGCAAGAAAAAUGUUGUUGUAUAGUAGAGCAAAGAUGUACAAUAUAGAAAAGUCAAUGCUAUGUAGACUAAAUGUAAAUUUUGUUACAUGGUAAGUAAGGGUAGGGUAGAGUAGGGUAGGGUAGGGUAGGGUAGGGUAGGAUAGGGUAGGGUAGGGUAGGGUAGGGUAGGGUAGGGUAGGGUAGGGUAGGGUAGGGUAGGGUAGGGUAGGGUAGGGUAGAGUAGGGUAGGGUAGAGUAGGGUAGGGUAGGAUAGGGUAGGGUAGGGUAGGGUAGGGUAGGGUAGGGUAGGGUAGGGUAGGGUAGGGUAGGGUAGGGUAGGGUAGGGUAGGGUAGGGUAGGGUAGGGUAGGGUAUAAAAAAUUUAAAAAAAUAUUUGGAAUUUCGUGAAGAUUGGUGAAUAAUCAAUUUUAGGUAUGAAAGACGAUGUGUUUGAAGUAACAGAACGUGUAGCCGGCGUCUACGAAGAGCUGGAAAGCUCUUUCAACAAAAGGCAACAUGAUUAUUUGGAAAAGGAUGGCUUUACUUUCAUGGAAGAUGAUCAAUAUGAACAGCUUUACAACAACAAAGGUGUGUUCUACUUACUAAUUCUUUUUCAAAUUAUAAAUUUUUUUAAAUGUUUUACUGAGCUACUUCAACGUUAGAUUCAAUUUGAUUUUUAGAGUUAAACCUGCCAGAAGAAGCCAAAACUAUAAAUAAUUUCAAAAACCGAACUUAUGAAGAAAAGAAGGAAGCUCUUUGGCUUACUGUCGAACAAAUUGCCAGCGGCAAAUCACAAGUAAGUUUAAAAAAGUUUAAGCCGAAUUCCAUACAGAAUUAAACGUAUUUUACACAAAACAAAUUACAAACAAAAACUUGGUUUUUGACAAAAUGUAAAAAAAACUAUUGGAAAAAAUGACGAAGUGUCACAAAAUUAUUAGGAAAGUUAACAAAGUGUCACAAGUUGCAUAGGAUUUUAAAAUUUUGUUUUUAACAUAAUUGUUGUCGUUUUUUUAAGUUAUGACAAAAUGUCACAUCAUUAUUGUAAAAAUAACGAAAUGUAACAAAAUUAUUGGGAAAGUUAACAAAGUGUCACAAGUUGCAUAGGAUUUUAAAAUUUUGUUUUUAACAUAAUUGUUGUCGUUUUUUUAAGUUAUGACAAAAUGUCACAUCAUUAUUGUAAAAAUAACGAAAUGUAACAAAAUUAUUGGGAAAGUUAACAAAGUGUCACAAGUUGCAUAGGAUUUUAAAAUUUUGUUUUUAACAUAAUUGUUGUCGUUUUUUUAAGUUAUGACAAAAUGUCACAUCAUUAUUGUAAAAAUAACGAAAUGUAACAAAAUUAUUGGGAAAGUUAACAAAGUGUCACAAGUUGCAUAGGAUUUUAAAAUUUUGAUGUUAGCACUAUUUUGUCUUUUUUUUUGCAGUUUUGACGAAAUGUCACAAAAUUAUCGAAAAAAUGACAAUGUAGCACUAUAGCAAUCAAAAAAAGUUUAAAGAGAUUUUUAAAUUGUGUUGCAUAAAAAUAUGUUAAUCGUAUUUUACAAAUCCAAUUUCAGGCUGAAGAACCAGUAACCAAAAACCACACCAUAGCUGGUCGAUUUUCGCGCCACAAACGUUUUACCCUAAUAUCCGUGCUAUCACCAGUGAUUUUAGCACCGUACAUGUUUGCGCCGAUCUUUGGACUAGGAGUACUUGGACCAGUAAUCCUGUCUCCGAACAUCUUUUCUCCGCUUAUUUUGAAUCCGUCAGUCUUAAGUCCUUACAUCUUAUCACCAGCCGUUGCCAUGCCUUUCAUAUUGUCACCCUACCUUUUGGGACCCUAUAUCUUAUCACCGCUGGUUAUGGCACCUUUCAUCUUGAAUCCAUAUGUUUUGUCACCAAAUGUCGUUAACCCUUAUGUGCUAAGUCCGCUAGUACUGAGCCCAUUGGUACUGUGUCCGGAUGUGGUUAGUCCGAUGACGUUGGGUGGGGCUGUGCUUAGCCCGAGUGUGGCUUCACCGGCGGUUUUGACUGAGACCUUUUUAAUGGCUACUGUAUUGUCACCUUCGUUUUUGUCAUGA